AUGGCACCAAAGAAGGACGUUAAGAAACCUGCACCAGCAUCAGCACCAGCACCGGCACCAGCUCCUGCCCCAGCGCCUGCCCCAGAACCAACUAAACCCAAAGAACCAGUCAUUGAUCUGAAGAGUAUCAAGAUCGAGUUCUCCAGGGAGCAGCAGGAUGACUACAAGGAUGCUUUCCUCCUCUUUGACAGGACAGGUGAAGGCAAGAUCAUCUUAAGCCAGGUUGGUGACAUCAUCCGUGCUCUGGGACAGAACCCUACAAAUGGUGAGAUCAAGAAGAUCCUGGGCAACCCCAGCAAGGAAGAGAUGAAUGCCAAGAAAAUUACAUUUGAAGAAUUCCUGCCCAUGAUGCAGGCAGCUGCCAACAACAAGGAACAGGGUACCUUUGAAGACUUUGUUGAAGGUCUGCGUGUGUUUGACAAGGAGGGCAAUGGCACAGUCAUGGGUGCUGAACUCCGUCAUGUACUGGCUACUCUGGGGGAGAAGAUGACGGAGGAAGAAGUAGAAGAACUGCUAAAAGGACAGGAAGACUCUAAUGGCUGCAUCAACUAUGAGGGUAGGUAUUAA